AUGCGGAGUCACUCCUUAGCGCACCGGCAACAAGUGUAGUGUUUAACACAAACAUUCUCAUCGUUUUAUCCCCUUUAGCGCUAGCUUUCAAGUCUCCAGUACAAAGUUCGCCUACAUUUCUUUACAUACACCAUUUUCGAAUACUGACCAGAGCAGCGGAUCAUCUUUCAUUAUUUUUUUCUUAAUUAUUUCAAUCGUUGAUAUCUAAAAAAAAUGCCGGCAGUAGAAGUCCCUUACUAUGUUUCCCAGUACCCAACGUUCAGGAGGGCCCAGUUGGCGGCGGUCAAGGAGGGGUUAUACCACCCCUCCCUGCCAACAUUCCGGCGAAUGGACAUGGACACUGCUGCCCAUAAACUACCAGAUGAACAUUGCAGGACCACCACUCGUAUUGGACCAGCUGACUUUCAGAACGCCACAGCAACAUACUUCCAGCCACCAGCCAAUAUUUAUAACGGAGCGAACAUCACUGACACCGGGAGAUCAUUACGUGAAACAAUGAAAGAUGAAGUCAGAUCGUUACGCAUAGACUGGGCAGCAGCAAAAGAGAUCAAAGAAUUACCAAAAAUCGAAAACUCCGGACAACUAAGAUUUACUGGGUAUGCAGUGAGGUAUCAGAAACCGGCGAUCAGUGGAUCAUGGAGAUAUACGUUCACCCAAGAGCCUCGCCUUGAUCAAUAUGGCCAACGUCCAGUUCCUGCCAACAUUUAUAGCCGUUACCGCGACACCUUCCCUCAGUACAGCCGAAACAUGUCGACAGAUGCUUUCCGUUAAACCGAGACCAGAAACCACCUACCACAACAGAUAGUUCCAUUAUUUAUUAAGUACCACUAUCUCCAUUGUAAACGAGGAGUUUAUUUACAGAUGUAGCGUUAAGAAGACAAGUGGUUACAAAAUGACUAUUAUCAUCUUUGAUACACAGAAAAGAUGUUGUAAUUGAUGGUGUUUUUCACGCAACCCAAUUAGCUAAGAAAAUUGGCAUUACGUUGACUUAAAGUCAAAUACAUCCAAGCAUCGGUUGUGUAUUUCUAAGCUGGAUAUUAGAAAGAACAAGUAAAGGGGGAAUUAUAAACAAAAAUAUGAAAUAUUUGAUAAAAAGUGUUUAUGUGUGCUUAAACUGCUGCGUAUGAUGAUUAUUUUGCCAUUUCAUCAUUUUCCAAUGUUUGGAGGAUUGUAUAAUUAUGUCGUGCUUUAAUAAUGCAAUUAGAAAUAAUUAAUUAAGAAAUGGACCUCAAAAUAAUUCCACAUACUGAUAGAAAGAGUGCCAGUAACUUUCAUUUAGUUCAAUUUGUAAUGUAAUGGAAAGUGAUUUACCAAUUAUUACAUAUCUCUAGAUUUUUUUCAUUAGGAACAUUAUUUUGACUGAAUUUUAUUUGUUGAAUAUGCUGUGCAUAUUUAAACUGGGCCUGGUGCCUCUGUGAUCAACCGUAUAUAUUUCUUAAAACAAAGCUCGUCACAAUAUUCAUUUUCCAUGCAAUUAAGGACGUUGUCGCAAAGGAGUAUCGAAUUUUCUUUCCAAUAAUGAUAUAAUUUAUUUGAUACAUUUGAUUUUCUUAUGAUUUGAGAAACAAGAAGGAACAGUAGACGAGUGAAAUCGUCAGUCCGGACUUAUUAUUUUUUUGAUUAAUUUUGGAAAAUUCCAUUUAGUUAAGGCUUAGUUUUCAGAAGCUCUCAGAUGAUAUCAAAAUCCCAGUUUAUUAUGUCAAUUAAUGUCUGACCUUCCGAUUCUUC